GGGCUCGCUUGCGGUGUGCCAGGCGAUGGUGGUGCCGGCACCUGUGCGGGGCUUCCUGCCACUCCGGGGUUUGCUGAAGGCGCGGUUGGGACUGUCAUCCCCUUUUCCCCCAUGCGCCUCAUCUUGCGAUGCUUCUCUGCUGUGCCGCCUGUGGGGUUUACAUCUUCUUCUUGUUUUGGGUCCGUCGAUGAUGACAACUCUUCUUCUUUUAGUUUUGGCGAAGUGGGUGGCGAGCCCCCGUUUUUACUGACUUCCCGUGUUACUUGCGUUGCUGGCGAUUGCGGCCCCUGGGCCGUCUGCGGCUGUUCCCCUGAAGAGACUUUUCCGCUGCCAACACCGCUGGAAUCGCGAAGCCCCAAGAACAGACUGCUCAUAGACGCAAUAUUAUUAUCCCACGCCCAGCCCCCGCCGGCGGCGCAGCACAGCGCGCAGAGGGCGCACGCCAACAGCGCACGGCCAGCCAUCGCCGCUCCUCCCACCGCAGCA